AAUGGUGGCAUACCGAGACCGGGAGAAAAACUAUAAAUUCUGAAUCGUUUGUUGUUCUCAGCAGAUUUAUCAUAAUUUGUGGAUAGUUGCAGUUGUUCUCAGCAUUGAUUGCGAUCUCCGAUAUGCAUCAGUUACUCUUUGUCUUAAUCCUUGCGGCUGCCUACUGCAAUGCCGCUGAAGAUGACGACUCCUUCUCCAUUGGUCUUGGAGUCCUGUCUCCUUCUUACAAGCAAACAGUUGGAAAAGAAAAUGUUAAGGUUUCCUUUGACCAGAAAGAAAAUGGACAGUUUUCCUAUUCCAUUGGAGAUCCCAAAACCGGCUACAAUUCAUACUUAAGCUUCGGAGGAACCGCUGGCAGUGCUGCUGGUAACCAAGCAGCCAAUCCUGCUGCAUACGCAGGCCCUGCAGCAUCAGGAGGAUAUUCUGCAGCGGCUGCACCAAGUUACGCUGCUCCAGCUGCACCAGCUGCUGCCUACCAACCAUCAGGUUUCGUUAACAGUCCUAACUAUGGUAGCCCUAGUGGAUAUGGUGCUCCCUCUCCAGUAGCUGGUUACUCUGGAAACCAAGGACAAGCCUAUAAUUCUUACUCCUCUUCAAAUGGGGCAGGUUCAUACGGUAGCGGCGCCGCUCCUGCUAGACAGCCUGAAGACAGCUCUAUGAUCAUACCAGCUGGAUUUUCAUACCACGCCACCGAAGGUCAGGCUUUCCUUAGAAACCAAGCAGAACUUCGUCAACCAGCUGCAGGUAACAUUUUGCCAGCUGGAUUUUCCUACCAUGCUACAGAGGGCCAGUCUUUUCUAAGGAACGGAGGUUCCCCCAACUUUAUGGUCGCUGAUGAAAAACGAAGCUCAGGAUUAGGUCCAGCAGAGCAAAGUUUCUACCGAAACGCAGCUAGCAACUCCCAACAAGGAGGUCCUGGUCUUGUAAAUGGCUUGGUGGGUUAUGGACCUGGUGGCCCAGCAAGAGGAAAUGUCCAAAUUGGUGGAUAUGCUGGACCUCAAGGCACUUUUAAAGAACAUGGGGGACACCAGUAAAUGAAAAGUAGAUACUAAGAUUGAGGAUAUUUAACGAAAUUGCUUUCAGCUAUGAAAGUGAAUCCGAGCUAAGACUAAAAAAAUGAUCGUAUUUAAGAUUAAUUUAUUAGGGAAGGAUUAAAGAACUUUGGUGAGGUUUUGGGAACAUAUUUCUUUUUCUAUAAUUCUAAGAAUCAUUUCUGGAAAUAAUAUCACUUUUAAAAAGAUGAUAUUUAUUAAAGCUCAGAAAACGUUAUUUAAAAGUAAAUAUCUACAUAAUGUCCGCACAAUCAAUCUGAAGAUUACAAAACAGUUAAAAGAUAGUUUCUGUAUGGUUGAAGGAAUUAACAACUAAAUUUUAAAGGAAUAUUUUAACGCACUAGAUUGUAACACAAAUUUAAAAUCUGAAAUUAAAUCCGGAUGCUUAAAUGAGCUUUUUCAUUUGUAUUUAAAUGUCUUUAGUUCGGAUACACAAACGCACACUUUAGAUGAUAAUACAAUAUCAACUAGUCAGUUGAUAAAUCUUGCUUUUAACUUUUCAGUAUAAAAACUUAUUAUGUAUAUUGUUUGAUAUAGAUAGUGAAUGCAUAUUGAAAAUUUCUUUACAACAAAGGCCUAUUUAGUAUUGCAGCUUCUAUUGUACUUUUAAAAUUGCAAACUCCAGAAAUUUUUUGUCAUACAUUCGAAACGCAACAGAAUUUUUCGGUUCUAAAAAGAGGUAAAUGAUUUCAGUUUUUUUUUUAAACACAAGCAAAUGCUGUUUUCACAAAAGAGAUUUGGAUGCGAAGGACUAGUAUCUGUGGUUUUCUUCCACAGCCCGAUGUGCUGGCACUAGGGUUUAGGCUUAAAUUUGGUACUGUUUUCUUGGAAAAGUAGUGAAUGAUUUAUGAUAUAGUCAAUUGCUACAUCAUUCAUUUAAAAAAUAAUACUAUUAAGUAUUUUUUUAAGUAUAUAAAUAUUUACAGGAUUAGGAAAAAUUUGCAAAUGAAUCAGAAGUAAAAAUACUCGAAAAUCAAUGAAGAAAACUCUAUUAUUCACUCGAAGGUUCUUUGAAUAUUUAUUUCAAACUUAUGCUUUCCUCAGUAUAUCUAAUUUUAUAUUAUAAGAGUUGCUUGAAAUGCUUAGCUGAUGAAGAUUAAGGACAUAUUUCUGUUCUCUAAAAUCUUUUUAUUGAUCAGGCAACCGAUGACAACAAAAUAAUUUUGCUUAUAUUAUGAUUGUGAUACAAAUGUAAAAAUGUUUUUCAU